AUGGCCGAUUCCGAUGUUAAAGACAUGCUGUCAGCUUGGGGAUUGGCAUCUUACAUUGAUGUAUUCCAAGAACAUGGUAUAGAUUUAUCCUGCUUCUCACUACUUACUGAUGAUAUGCUAAAAGAUGUCAUUCCUAUGGUUGGUCAUAGGGCUAAGUUUAGGGCAAAUUUAGAGGAGUGGCGUAAGGUCCUUGCCCUAGCAAAUAAUCAGGUGUCAGUUAUGGUAAGAAUUAUGUAUUUACUUAUUUUCCAAUUCCAAUAAAUUACAUGUAAAUAAUUUCUAG